AUGGGCUUCCCUUACCAUUUCGUUACCUUGAACGAUGAGCAAAACUUGCGUCGACGCCAAUUGUUGGACGGCUAUGGCCAAUUUGCGCAAUUUUCUGUCUUGCUCCUACCGCUAAUGUAUCAACUAUGUCUCGGAAUGCGUCUUCUGAUAUCAAGAACAUGGCCGUUCAAACCUCAGACGGUCAAAGAGCAUCGAAGUCCAGUCGUGUCCAGGUUCCAACAGCCUGCUACAAGCUAUUCAACGAACCUACUAGCACGAACCCGUUGGUCUCUUGAUGAAGAGGUCCUUGAGGGAUGGAACACCCGACAGGAAUGGCUCAUUGCUGGGCUUUGGGCAAUGUGGCUGCUUGUGCUUGUGUUUAAGGAUACCGGCGACGACUACCUCCACUUGACCAAACGAUUCGGCAUCGUAGCGGCUUCGCAACUGCCAGUACAUUAUUUGCUUGCCGCCAAAUCUUGGAGUCCUAUCCAAUAUCUGACUCGAAUGUCCCAUGAGGAACUCAACCCCUACCACCGGCUUUUCGGGAGAAUACUCAUCGCUUUCUUCUCAGUCCACGCAACAAUGUACUUGAACUUCUACAUCCAGAUGAGCCUCCUGCUCAAGAGGAUUCAGGAUCGGGACGUGAUACUGGGGUUAUCAGCCAUCACGACCUUUCUGCUCAUUGGGACUACCGCUCUUGCCAGGAUCCGCACAUGGAAUUACCGCGUCUUUUUCUAUCUCCACGUUAUCCUUUCUGCAUCAAUCCUACCAAUACUAUUCUUCCACGUCUCGCAUCUUCGACUGUAUAUUGUCGAAUCAGCGGCCAUCUACCUACUUGUCAUUUUGCAACGCAAUGUGUCGCAGGCAACAGCUGAUGCAGCUAUCGAGCUGAUCCCUUCAGCUAAUCUACUCGCCAUCAGCAUAGCGCUGACGAAACCUCUUUCUUCCAAGAAAUACACCCCAGGCCAGCACAUAUACCUUGGUUUUCCAUCGCUGCCCCAGAAACUCCGUAUUAACCCUUUCUCAAUCGCCAAUAGGGAUCCUCAUAGCGACAAUAAGAUCAAGCUUGUGGCUCGUGCUCUCUCCGGAACAACGGCAAUGCUCGCUGAUUAUGCCGCCAAGCAAAAGACCACCAGCCUUACGCUCGAAGGUCCCUAUGGCGCCGCAAACUAUUUUCCUGAUCUUGCGACUUAUGAUCGGGUGCUCUUUGUUGCAGGUGGUGUGGGAGCAACAUUCACGUUACCACUUUACCUUGACUUGCUGCAGAGAAAGGCUCGUGAGGAGCACAUACCAAGUCCUAAGUUUGUGUGGAGUGUCCGGCAAAUCGCGGACGCUCAAUGGGGCAUCAAGCAGCUGCUUGAAGCUUGUGACAUUCUACCUGAAAGCUUCCACGCAUAUGCCACUCAAGGUGAUGUCGAUGGACGGGAGUCGGAGCCCUCAGCUCGCAGACCACAGAGUAAAUCAGAAGCGGAAGUCAGUGAUUCCAUCGAGCUGCAGGAGCGAGAUCGGCUACUCAGUGACUCGACUUCGCCUGAGGAUGCUACCUCCAGAGCUGCAAAGACGAUGCGAGAUGGUCGUCCCGAUUUUCGUACCAUAGUCGAUGAAGUUUUCUCGUUCGAUAGCCGUGAGAGGGUAGCGGUUUUGGUUUGUGGGCCCCGUGGCAUGGGUGCGAGUGUUAGAAGGGAAGUCACGAGAUGGGUUUGGAAAGGAAGGAAUGUUUUCUGGCAUGGGGAGGAGUUUGGGUGGUGA